CAUAAUAAUAAUUCGAAGGCAAAUUCUUCUUGAACUCUCUUCCAACACAACUUGCAGCAGCAGUACUCAAUUGAUCAAGAAUCCAACGGCUGAUAUUCACUAAUAUCAGGUUUCAAUCUCCACCGUCGGAUCACAAACCUCCAAAAGACUGCAACUUUGUACACUUUUUGUCCUUUUCUGUAGUUGUAACCGCAUCACCCUCUAUAUAUCAUAAAUCAAAACCAUACAUAAUUCAUUCCCCCUCUCUCCCUCCUCUCUCUCUCUUUACUUUCUCUCUCUUACACAUGCUUACGCAUUUCUGUAUCUAUCUUUUUCUUCAAGAAGAAGCUUAAAGAAAAAAAAUGUGUGGAGGUUCAAUAAUUUCUGAUGAGCCCAUAAUCAAAAGAAGAGGCAAAUUAACCACAGAGGAGCUUUGGGCUGAACUUGACACCAUUUCUCACUUUUGGGGCUUUGAUUUCUCAGACGAUGCUGCCAAAAACCAGCCCGAACCCGCUUCUCAAAAGCCCGGCCCGCACAACAAAGGAAAUAAAGAAAAGGAAGAGAAGGGCAAAGAAAGGGGUAGAAAGAGUACAUACAGAGGCAUAAGGCAAAGGCCAUGGGGAAAAUGGGCUGCAGAAAUUCGUGACCCGAAAAAGGGCGUUCGAGUCUGGCUUGGAACUUUCAAUUCGGCUGAGCAAGCCGCUAGAGCCUACGAUGAAGCCGCCAAGCGGAUCCGCGGGGACAAGGCCAAGCUCAACUUUCCGGCCAUUCAUCAGCCGCCAACACCACCACAACAGCCGCCUCCGAAGAAGAUUCGUGUUGUCCCCGAGCCGCAAUCUAAGCCGAGCCAAGUGGUAAUGGAUUGCGAGCGCCAAGGAGCCGAGCCGUGUUACUUGAAAGGAUGUGAGCCGAUCAAGGAUGAGCUGUCGAGCUGGGAAAGUUUGUUAGGGUUUGAGCUGGCUGCUGAGCCAAGCCAAGUGAUAAUGGAGCCGAUCAAGGAUGAGUUAUCGAGCUGGGAGAGUUUCUUAGGGUUGGAACCGGCUGUUGAGCCGAGCCCUUUUGGGGUAUUGGAUGAGACACUGGACUCUGUUGAUCUCUGGAUGAUGGAUGAAUUUGCUGCAGCUCAGCAGAAUAAUCUAUUUUUCUGAAUAAAUAUUAUACAUAUAUGAGCGUGUAUGAAUAUAUAUACACAUAUAUGUCUGUAAUUUUUGUGGUGUUGAAGGUUUGGACUUUAGUUAUUGUAUGCAAUUUGGUUGUAUGUUGUAUCAUGUAUGUAACUUAUUUAAUGUUGUUAGCUUAUUAUGUUUACUUUUGGUGGUUUUCUUACAUGGGAUAUUUUGGUGACUGCAUUCUUGAUAAAUGCAAUGUCGAGUUCCAACUUCCAA